AUGCUACGGAGACGCAACGCGUUGAUUAGUGGACAAAUUAGUCUCAUGAUAUUUUUGAAAAUUCAGACGGAAGUACCCGCUGUACUUGUGCAGUCCCCCGAUGUGCCAACCUUCGACAAGUACACAUCGUUUACAAGCUUCUACCCUAUGACAUGUGGAGGAGGGGUAAAGAUUGGGUCAGGCUUGGCUGGAGCAGCAGUGUGUAUGCCAAACACCAAUGAUAUUGUUGAGGUGUCAGAAAGUGAUAAAUUGACUGCAGAAUUCUGCAUGAGAGUAUUAAUAUGCAAACCUAGUAAAGGAAAUGAAAUGUGUGACCAAGCUAGCAUAAAACUUUGGUUUCCUUAUGCAAAAAAACUGGUUGGCGUAAAUAAAGUGGAGGAUGUCUCAGCGAGCAGCUUAGAAGUUGAGAAAGGGGAAAUCAUAACCACCAUUGAUCCCGGUUGUGAGCUGCGGCUACAAAAAGCCCAUAAAUUGCGGCAUAGAUUUCUGAAUAAGCCGCCAAAAAUUCGACAAAUGAUGAGAAAGUACCCAGGUUUUUACCUGCAGCCGUCAUUCCAUCAUCCGCGGAGGCCCUAUAGGGGUGGCAAUUCAAUUUUCCUCGGAAAAGCUCUUUGGAUGGGAGUAGAUGUGAUUAAAAAAAUUGAUUGUUUUGCUGAAUGUGACUUGGGACAAGUGUUCUAUUAUAAAAUGAAUCCCAAUAUGCCGUUUUAUUCAAAAAUUUUCGUUGACGGUGGCAAGUGUGAAUGGUUCAAGAUUUGCAUUGAAGGAGCACAAGGUGUUACUAGAGAAAAAUACUACUGUAAGGAUGCAGAUAUGAUCAACGUGUUUCUUCGCAAUGCCUUCGUUGUAAUG